UGCUAACUCGUUCACCGAUUCACUUUCUUUAGUCUCUCACCUGCAGCAUAGAAAAUUCAUCAUAAUCAAAAGCCCUAGUAGUCCCGAAAUCUAUAGAGACCUGAGAGAAGAGAAAUGGCGAAGUUUAUCUUCGGUAGAACGAAAGAUAUUGCAAAUCGUUCAAACAAAUACCUAGAAGAAGCACUAUUUAGGAGAGUAUUCCAGAAAGGUAGCGAAGUACGUAGUGUAAGAACAGAGUUGAAUCAAUAUCUCAAAUCUCGAAAAAGAGUCUUUAAAUGGGAAGUUGGGGAUACUAUCAAAGAACUUCGUCACCGUAAACUCUAUGGCCCUGCUCUCAAGCUUUCAGAAGCUAUGGUUAAAAGGGGCAUGGGUAUGACAGUCAGCGACCAAGCUAUCCACCUUGAUAUCAUAGCUAAAUCCAAAGGUAUCACUGCUGCCGAAACUUACUUUGCGGAUCUUCCUGAAGCUUCAAAGAAUCAUCUUUGUUAUGGUGCUCUUCUCAAUUGUUAUUGUAAGGAACUGAUGACAGAAAAAGCAGAAGGCCUCAUGGAAAAGAUGAAGGAAUUGAAGUUUAAUACAAGUUCCAUGGCUUACAACAGCCUAAUGACCCUUUAUACAAAAACUGGAGAUCCUGAGAAGGUCCCAGCAGUCAUACAAGAGAUGAAGUCCAGUGAUGUAACUCCAGAUUCAUAUACUUAUAAUGUCUGGAUGAGGGCUCUAGCAGCUUCCAAUGAUAUAUCUGGGGUUGAGAGGGUUUAUGAAGAGAUGAAAAGGGAUGGAAAAGUUAUUGGAGAUUGGACCAAUUACAGCAAUUUAGCAACCAUCUAUGUUAAUGCUGGCUUGUUUGAGAAGGCAGAGGAAGCACUCAAGGAGCUCGAGAAGAGAAGCGACAAAAGUCUUAAUGCAUAUAAGUUCCUCAUCACAUUGUAUGGGCGCACUGGAAAUCUGCUGGAAGUUUACCGAGUUUGGCGCUCUUUGAGGCUAGAGUUCCGAAAAACACCAAAUAUUAGUUAUCUGAAUAUGAUUCAGGUUUUAGUCGACUUGAAAGAUAUAUCUGGCGCUGAAAAAACUUUCCGGGAAUGGUUAUCCGGGAAUCCAACUUAUGAUAUCCGCAUCGCAAAUGUCUUAAUUGGAGCUUAUGCGAAAGAAGGUAAGCUGGAGAAAGCUGAGGAACUCAAGGAACUAGCAAGGAGGAAUGGAGCAAAGGCUAAUGUCAGGACUUGGGAGAUUUUCCGUGAUUAUCAUUUGAAGAACGGGGACAUGAAUUCUGCUGUUAUUUGUGUUACCAAUGCAAUGCAACAGGGCCGAGGGGAUGGAAGCAAGUGGAUUCCAUCCAAGGAGGUAGUUCAGACCCUGAUGUCUCAUUUCGAGCAGAAUCGAGAUGUUGAUGGUGCAGAAGUGUUUAUUGAGAAUCUAAUGAAGGUUGAGGAUGAAUUAGAAGCAGAGGUAUUUGAGUCUCUGAUACGGACGUAUGCGGCUGCUGGUAAGACCAGUCAAUCGAUUCGUCGCCGGUUAAAGAUGGAGAACGUCGAGGUGAAUGAAGAAUCUAAGAAAUUGCUUGACAUAGUGUGUGUUGAAGAAUAAGCUUAUCGAGGAAGAAACAGGUGGAUAGAUAGAUAGAGAGCGAUCCUUAAUGACCUCAUCCCUUCAUUUUGAGUUUCAGUUUUAUUUUGGGUUCUUGUUAAUUAUGGAAAGUUGCAAAAGCGGGUUUCUUUGGAUUUUGUCAGUUGACAUUUCAAUGCUGGUAAUAUGUCCAGAUUUAGGCCAUUCCAUGAAAUAUCCCAAAUAACCAGCAGUCACACUAUUUCAACUCUGUGAAUCGUGUAGCCAAAACAAAAAAGAAAUGAAUGAUUUGAACACUGAUGUAAUCAUAGAGUGAAUGUUUGUCGAGUUGAUCACUUUAAGAUA